UUCAAAAUUCAAAUGCAGCAUUUAACUCCUUUCAUCUUCAUUUCUCUUCAGAUUCUUGUGAGUUUCUCCUCAUUUCUUUGCUUUUCUUUCUAGUAAUAUUCUUUUCUUUUUCUUUCAAAAUUUGAUAGUAAAUAUGGUGCUGAAAACGGCCUCUUCUCCGUCUUCUUCUCCGGUGACGAUAACGGUUUCGUCAUCGGGAGGCAAAGAGACUGGGAGUAGAAGCAUGGGGUUGACGAGUCCAGUUCCACGGGCUUCGAAAUCAAACAACCCAAGUUCACCUAGUCCGCUGGGUAGCAGAGGGAAUCGAAGGGCUUCAAGUGGAGGAAGGUAUUGCUCCAUGUCGCAAGACGAUCCAAUUCCAAUAGAAGAGAUAAACUCAGAGUUCGUAACGUAUACGGUGCAUAUCCCACCAACUCCCGAUCACCAAUCCAUCUCAACCUCCCAAACAAGCCUUAACGAAGAAGGGAAAGAUGGGUUGAAGCUGAAACCCGAGAGGAGUUUCAUUUCGGGCACUAUUUUCACGGGGGGUUACAAUUGCGUUACCCGUGGUCAUGUCAUUGAUGGUUCCUUGGAAAGGCCCGAGACGUUGAAAUCAGGCCUGGUUUGUGGGAUGAAAGGGUGUGAUGAGAAGGAAAUUGAAGGCAAAUGUGAGUGUGGGUUUAAGAUUUGUGGGGAUUGUUACUUGGAUUGCGUGGCAAGUGGUGGGGGUCAUUGUCCUGGAUGUAAAGAGCCUUACAAGGAUGUUAGCGAUGAUGAUGAAGAUGACGGGGUUAGGUCUGAUUCUGAAGAGGAUGAUCAGGCUUUGCCUUUGCCUUCAAUGCGUGAGUCCAAGUUGGAUAAAAGACUUUCACUUGUGAAAUCGUUCAAAGGGCCGAAUCAUCCACCGGAUUUCGAUCAUACCAGGUGGUUGUUUGAGACUAAAGGCACUUACGGGUAUGGGAAUGCUUUAUGGCCUAAAGAUGGUUAUGGAUCAGGUGCUAAUGGCUUUGAGAACCCCCCAGAUUUUGGAGAGAGAAGUAAGAGGCCUUUGACUAGGAAAGUUGUAGUUUCCACUGCAAUUCUCAGUCCAUACAGGCUGCUUAUUAUACUACGUCUUGUUGCCCUGGGUUUCUUUCUCACAUGGAGGAUUAGGCACCCCAACCGUGAUGCAAUGUGGCUAUGGGGAAUGUCCAUAACGUGUGAGCUCUGGUUUGCCUUUUCGUGGCUCCUAGAUCAGCUCCCUAAGCUCUGCCCUGUAAACAGAAUAACCGACCUCUCUGUUCUUAAAGAGCGUUUCGAGUCUCCGAACCUUCGAAACCCGAAAGGACGAUCCGACCUUCCAGGGAUUGAUGUCUUCGUUUCCACGGCAGACCCUGAAAAAGAACCUCCUCUUGUGACUGCAAACACCAUCCUUUCAAUCCUAGCUGUUGACUAUCCAGUAGAAAAAGUUGCUUGUUAUCUUUCAGAUGAUGGUGGAGCUCUUCUAACAUUUGAAGCUUUAGCCGAGACAGCCAGCUUUGCUAGAGUUUGGGUUCCAUUUUGCCGUAAACAUAACAUCGAACCCCGAAAUCCCGAUGCGUAUUUUGGGCAGAAGCGUGAUUUUCUUAAGAACAAAGUGAGGCUUGAUUUUGUUAGGGAGAGGAGAAGGGUGAAAAGAGAGUAUGAUGAAUUUAAGGUGAGGAUUAACUCAUUGCCUGAGUCCAUUAGGAGGAGAUCAGAUGCUUACAAUGCCCAUGAAGAGCUUCGAGCAAAAAAGACACAAAUGAAAAUGGGAGGCAAUCUUUCAGACCCUAUUAAAGUCCCUAAGGCUACUUGGAUGUCUGAUGGUUCUCACUGGCCUGGCACUUGGGCUUCUGCAGAGCCUGACCAUUCAAAAGGAGACCAUGCUGGGAUCAUUCAGGCAAUGCUUGCUCCGCCGAAUGCAGAGCCAGUUUAUGGCGCAGAAGCAGAUGGGGAGAACUUGAUUGACACAAGAGAAGUAGAUACCAGGUUGCCAUUGUUGGUUUAUGUGUCUCGUGAGAAACGUCCAGGUUAUGAUCACAACAAGAAGGCUGGAGCGAUGAAUGCUUUGGUUCGAACCAGUGCUAUCAUGUCAAAUGGGCCAUUCAUCCUCAAUCUUGACUGUGAUCAUUACAUUUACAAUUCAUUGGCUCUUAGGGAAGGAAUGUGUUUCAUGCUUGACAGAGGUGGUGAUAGGAUUUGUUAUGUUCAAUUCCCACAAAGGUUUGAAGGGAUCGAUCCCAAUGACCGAUAUGCGAAUCAUAAUACCGUGUUCUUUGAUGUGAGCAUGAGGGCUCUUGAUGGUUUACAGGGUCCAAUGUAUGUAGGUACAGGUUGCAUUUUCAGGAGAACUGCACUCUAUGGGUUUAGUCCUCCUAGAGCUACCGAACAUCAUGGAUGGUUUGGUAGAAGGAAAAUCAAGUUACUUUUGAGGAAACCCAAGGUGACAAAGAAAGCAGAAGAUGAGAUAGUAUUGCCUAUUAAUGGGGAACACAAUGAUGAUGAUGAUGAUACAGAUAUUGAGUCUUUGCUUCUUCCUAAAAGAUUUGGGAACUCCACUUCUCUGGUAGCGUCGAUCCCGGUCGCUGAAUACCAAGGAAGGUUGCUCCAAGAUAUGCAAGGAAUGCGAAACCAAGGCAGGCCAGCAGGUUCUCUUGCAGUGCCGCGUGAGCCAUUGGAUGCUGCAACGGUUGCAGAGGCCAUUAGUGUUAUAUCUUGCUUCUAUGAGGAUAAAACUGAGUGGGGAAAACGAGUAGGAUGGAUAUAUGGCUCUGUCACAGAAGAUGUGGUAACCGGUUAUAGAAUGCACAACCGUGGAUGGAGAUCAGUGUACUGUGUAACCAAGAGGGACGCGUUCCGUGGGACUGCCCCUAUCAAUCUAACAGAUCGGCUGCACCAAGUACUUCGUUGGGCAACCGGUUCUGUCGAGAUAUUCUUUUCGAGAAACAAUGCACUGUUUGCUACUCGACGAAUGAAGUUCUUGCAAAGAGUAGCAUAUUUCAAUGUGGGAAUGUACCCUUUCACUUCUAUGUUUCUCCUAGUCUACUGCAUUCUACCAGCUGUUUCUCUAUUCUCAGGGAAGUUCAUAGUGCAAGCUCUCAGUGUGACCUUCUUGAUAUUCUUGUUGGCCAUCACAAUCACCUUAUGCCUACUUGCCAUACUCGAAAUCAAAUGGUCAGGUAUCACACUUCACGAUUGGUGGCGAAACGAACAGUUUUGGUUGAUUGGUGGAACCAGUGCUCAUCCUGCAGCUGUGCUACAAGGACUUCUAAAAGUCAUAGCAGGAGUCGACAUCUCAUUCACCUUAACUUCCAAAUCCGCCACCCCCGAUGACGAAGAAGAUGAGUUUGCAGAGCUAUAUGUCGUAAAAUGGAGCUUCCUAAUGAUACCUCCAAUCACAAUCAUGAUGGUAAACUCAAUCGCGAUCGCAGUGGCCGUUGCGAGAACCAUGUACAGCCCAUUCCCAGAGUGGAGCAAGCUUCUCGGAGGGGUGUUUUUUAGCUUUUGGGUCCUUUGCCAUCUCUAUCCAUUUGCAAAAGGAUUGAUGGGAAGAAGAGGAAAAGUUCCAACCAUUGUGUUUGUAUGGUCAGGCUUGCUCUCCAUCAUAGUUUCAUUGCUUUGGGUAUACAUCAAUCCUCCAUCUGGAAGUAAGGAUUACAUGAAGUUCAAAUUCCCUUGAUGUUUUUCUGUAAUAGGGGCAGCUCAAUUGUGCAAAUGACAUGAAGUUUCUCAACUUCAUUCUGUGUAUCUCUAUAUGUUCUCAUUGAAUGUAAUUUUGUUUUGACAUUUGUUACUUAUUAUUCAUUUGAAAUGGAAACUAUUUACCAUAAAA